AUGAGCUACGGAGCAGACUACGACGAGAUCAACAAGAUCUUCACCUUUGGAUCCACUCCCGUGGAGGCCAGUGCUUUCACCAGAAACUCGGCUGUUGUCACUGCAAUUUUACUUUUAAUUGCCUUCACUUCUUUGACCAUGACCUUCAUGAGUGACAGAAAGACCAAGUCUCCAGUUGUGUACCUUUUGCAAGCCUUGGUGGCCUCGUUAUCUGUGGGUUUCAGCACCAUCUACGUGUCCAACUUUGUGGGGGUCUACAUUUGA